UGAGACAGAGGACAGGAGGGAGCAGGAUGGGUCCAGAUUCAAACAUACAGAACACAGGGAGGUGAUGCUGCCUGAGACAGAGGACAGGAGGGAGCAGGAUGGGUCCAGAUUCAAACAUACAGAACACAGGGAGGUGAUGCUGCCUGAGACAGAGGACAGGAGGGAGCAGGAUGGGUCCAGAUUCAAACAUACAGAACACAGGGAGGUGAUGCUGCCUGAGACAGAGGACAGGAGGGAGCAGGAUGGGUCCAGAUUCAAACAUACAGAACACAGGGAGGUGAUGCUGCCUGAGACAGAGGACAGGAGGGAGCAGGAUGGGUCCAGAUUCAAACAUACAGAACACAGGGAGGUGAUGCUGCCUGAGACAGAGGACAGGAGGGAGCAGGAUGGGUCCAGAUUCAAACAUACAGAACACAGGGAGGUGAUGCUGCCUGAGACAGAGGACAGGAGGGAGCAGGAUGGGUCCAGAUUCAAACAUACAGAACACAGGGAGGUGAUGCUGCCUGAGACAGAGGACAGGAGGGAGCAGGAUGGGUCCAGAUUCAAACAUACAGAACACAGGGAGGUGAUGCUGCCUGAGACAGAGGACAGGAGGGAGCAGGAUGGGUCCAGAUUCAAACAUACAGAACACAGGGAGGUGAUGCUGCCUGAGACAGAGGACAGGAGGGAGCAGGAUGGGUCCAGAUUCAAACAUACAGAACACAGGGAGGUGAUGCUGCCUGAGACAGAGGACAGGAGGGAGCAGGAUGGGUCCAGAUUCAAACAUACAGAACACAGGGAGGUGAUGCUGCCUGAGACAGAGGACAGGAGGGAGCAGGAUGGGUCCAGAUUCAAACAUACAGAACACAGGGAGGUGAUGCUGCCUGAGACAGAGGACAGGAGGGAGCAGGAUGGGUCCAGAUUCAAACAUACAGAACACAGGGAGGUGAUGCUGCCUGAGACAGAGGACAGGAGGGAGCAGGAUGGGUCCAGAUUCAAACAUACAGAACACAGGGAGGUGAUGCUGCCUGAGACAGAGGACAGGAGGGAGCAGGAUGGGUCCAGAUUCAAACAUACAGAACACAGGGAGGUGAUGCUGCCUGAGACAGAGGACAGGAGGGAGCAGGAUGGGUCCAGAUUCAAACAUACAGAACACAGGGAGGUGAUGCUGCCUGAGACAGAGGACAGGAGGGAGCAGGAUGGGUCCAGAUUCAAACAUACAGAACACAGGGAGGUGAUGCUGCCUGAGACAGAGGACAGGAGGGAGCAGGAUGGGUCCAGAUUCAAACAUACAGAACACAGGGAGGUGAUGCUGCCUGAGACAGAGGACAGGAGGGAGCAGGAUGGGUCCAGAUUCAAACAUACAGAACACAGGGAGGUGAUGCUGCCUGAGACAGAGGACAGGAGGGAGCAGGAUGGGUCCAGAUUCAAACAUACAGAACACAGGGAGGUGAUGCUGCCUGAGACAGAGGACAGGAGGGAGCAGGAUGGGUCCAGAUUCAAACAUACAGAACACAGGGAGGUGAUGCUGCCUGAGACAGAGGACAGGAGGGAGCAGGAUGGGUCCAGAUUCAAACAUACAGAACACAGGGAGGUGAUGCUGCCUGAGACAGAGGACAGGAGGGAGCAGGAUGGGUCCAGAUUCAAACAUACAGAACACAGGGAGGUGAUGCUGCCUGAGACAGAGGACAGGAGGGAGCAGGAUGGGUCCAGAUUCAAACAUACAGAACACAGGGAGGUGAUGCUGCCUGAGACAGAGGACAGGAGGGAGCAGGAUGGGUCCAGAUUCAAACAUACAGAACACAGGGAGGUGAUGCUGCCUGAGACAGAGGACAGGAGGGAGCAGGAUGGGUCCAGAUUCAAACAUACCGAACAGUACACUGUAGUACACUUCCCAGAAGGGUACAGUGUAUAG